AUGGUUUUCGCGAGACACAUUUCUCUCGACUUCGCCCACCCAGACGACUUGGCUAUUAGCAGACACCGCUUUGCUCAGUACGUCCUUGCGUCCAAGGGGUUUUAUAACGGUCCUUCGUUGGAAGAACUUAAAGCCACUUGUAAAGCACCGCCGGCUGCAGAGCACCGCCAGGAAGUCCUUGACAGGUACAAUUGUAUCGACGACUCAAUAACGGGAGUGGAUCCGGAAGACCAGACCCAGGUUGAUUAUCUUGCUGCUCUCAAUUCUGCCGAUGCUCUAAAGGAGCUGUACAACGACACGCGGCCUAUGAAGCGCUUCCAGCACGAUAUGGACGACGCCCUGUCUCAGAUCCGCUACAACUACCUCAAAUCCCGCUCCUCACUCAGCGCCCUGCGUAUCGCACGGUUCCUCAUGCCUUCGGUUUCUGAGCAGGAGAAGAUGAUGGAGACUUAUGGAUGGGCAUGGAAAGCAGUGCAGUCACCGAUCUCGAAGUUCAAGACGAACGAAGGAUUCAAUAAUGAGAUAUUGGAGUCAGUCAAAGAUGCAUAA